UCCAAGAUGGUAUCAUUUGCUGUUCCUAUCGUAGUUUCGAAACACAAGUCAAAGUGAAUUCAAAGUGCCAAGUAUUAUUUCAUGAUAAUUUCAUGAGCAAAGUAAAGCACUGCCUGAUGAUUUCGCCUCGUAGAUAUUAAAUAAUGACAUCGUUUUAGUGCUCAGUAAUUAUUCCAAUAAUGAAGCCCUUAAAAAUCUGAUCUAAUUGUAUAUGGUAAAAAUCUAAUUUAAAAAGAAUAGUAAGGGGUAGAGUAUUACAAAGAAUGCGAAGAUAGAGCGCAUGAAUACUUUGAAAUAAAGUUAAAAAACAUAUUUACAAACCCAUCGGUUUUAUAGCCUACAGAAUAAGCUAAACAAAGUACACCUCCAGAAAAGAAGAAAAUCGAAGUGCCAAAAAUAAAUGUUGUGUAAGCUUCAUAUUCAUUUAUGAAUAAACCUAAGACAUCCAAAAAGCCAGAUAACAAUAUACUUUCUUUUAGUUUUUAAGAACCUGUUGUUGAUAAAUUUUUUUAAUGUGGAUCUACAAUAAACAAGAAUUCAAAUAGUUAAAGCUUUUGCAAGAUAAUAAAAAAUACAGAGAGUAGUCACAGUGGAGAAGAGGAGGAGGAAGAAAUUAUUCAUUAAAAAAAUAUAAUAGAAUAAGAGAAAGAAGAGAAAAUUAAAGAGAUUCAAAAUUAAGUUAUUGAAGAAUAAAUAAUAAUUUAAACAGAAGGUAGAGCAAAGGAAAUAGCUAGUUAAUUUAAAAAAUAAGAAAGACGAAUAUCAUAGGUAAUUAAAAAUUAAAUGACUAUAAAAUAGUAAAUAGAAGCAGGAAUGAAUGCAUAAGAGUCUAGUAUUUAAAAGAGGAAAGAGAUGAGAAAAUUACGUUCUUAAUUUUCAUUGCACAAUAUAAAUAAAACUCAAUCAACUCCAACAAUAAAGCAAUUUAAUUAACAUAAAACUCCAUAAGAUGAUCCUAAUUGUAUACCUGAAGAAACAAAUGAAAUAGGUAGUGGCAAGUUGUCUUCAAAUAAGAAGCAUAUAGAAGUUAAUUAAUUUUAAUUUAAUGAUGAGUGUAAAUGAACCCU